CCGCCCUGCUCUGCACAGCGCGCCCUUUACGAACGGGCAGCGGCUGCAGUGUGCUGCCUCGGGUUCGUCCCGCGCUCCUCCCCGCUGCGCUAGCGCGUCUCUUCCCAGACCGUGCCUGCCGUGAGGUGAUUCCCUGUGUCCAGCGUUGAGGGCAGGAGCGGUCCGGCCGCGCUCGUGGCGUAUCCCGAGGCUGACGUCGCCAUUUCCUGAGGGAGGGAAGUGCCGAUCCCGAUCCUUGCCUGGGCGAGGAGCGAGGAGGAUGGAUGAUGCCGCAGGGGAGCUGAAGCAAGCGCUCCCAAACGUGUGUGACAACGUUCAGAUCCAUGUGGAAGUUCAUCAGAAAUCGAGCAGUGCGGCCAAGAAAGAAGAUAUUAGGAUGAGUGUCCUAAAGCUGUUGAACAGACAUACCAUCGUGUUUGGUGAUUACAAGUGGACAGAGUUUGAUGACAGUUUUCUUAAGAACAAUGUGCAGUCUGUGUCGAUUGUGGAUACGGAGCUGAAGCUGAAAGACAGACAGCCUAUUGACUUGAGCAAAAGCAGUCUUUCUCUGCAUAUUUUUCAUCUGAAUGAAGAAGGACCAACCUCUGAGAACCUGGAAGAAGAAAAUGAGGAUAUCACUGCAGCUCACCACUGGGUGCUGCCAGCAGCUGAAUUCCAUGGCCUUUGGGAAAGUCUCAUAUACGACAGUGAAGUAAAAGCAAAUUUACUUGAUUACGUGACAACAACAUUAUUAUUCUCUGACAAAAAUGUCGACAGCAACCUGAUAUCAUGGAACAGAGUUGUUUUGCUGCAUGGCCCUCCUGGAACUGGGAAAACUUCUCUCUGUAAAGCAUUGGCUCAGAAGCUGACAAUUCGACUGUCAUACAGGUACAGGUAUGGACAGCUAAUUGAGAUAAACAGCCACAGCCUUUUCUCUAAAUGGUUUUCUGAGAGUGGCAAGCUUGUAACCAAGAUGUUCCAGAAGAUUCAAGAGUUAGUUGAUGACCAAGAUGCUCUUGUAUUUGUACUGAUUGAUGAGGUGGAAAGCCUCACGGCAGCCCGCAGUGCCUUCAAGGCAGGCACAGAACCUUCAGAUGCUAUUCGUGUGGUGAAUGCUGUAUUGACACAAAUAGAUCAGAUUAAAAGGUAUCCCAACGUAGUUAUCCUGACUACUUCAAAUAUUACGGAGAAAAUUGACAUGGCCUUUGUAGACAGGGCUGACAUAAAGCAAUACAUUGGACCUCCAUCUACUGCAGCAAUAUUUAGAAUAUAUCUUUCUUGCUUGGAAGAACUGAUGAAGUGUCAAAUAAUAUAUCCUCGACAGCAGCUUCUGACACUCAGAGAGCUAGAGAUGAUAGGCUUCGUAGAAAAUAAUGUGUCAAGGCUAAGCCUUGUACUAAAAGAAAUCUCAAGAAGAAGUGAAGGUCUUGGUGGUCGGGUCCUGAGAAAGCUUCCUUUCCUAGCACAUGCACUUUAUAUUCAAUCCCCCAGUGUUACAAUGACAACAUUUCUUCACGCUCUUUCACUUGCAGUAGACAAACAAUUUGAAGAAAGAAAGAAUCUUGAAGACUGUGUGUGAUACUCUACUAUUUUGUAGUUGACUGUAUUGUUAUAUUUUUCAUACAAAUUUUGCAACUUUUAUGCGUCUGUAAAAUAAAUUGUCAGCACCUUAAAAAACCUGGAAUGCCUCUUCUAGUUUUUAAAAAUAUUCAUUAAUAAACAAUUAAGAAAGUUUACAGC